UCUCUGCCUCAUGUAAAAAUGGACCAGAGCUGUCAUGGCGGCCGGCGUUGUCUAAGAGCCCCGCAUUUCCACAAGUCCCCGCCCCGCAAACGGCCAAUUUACCCCUCGCUCAAGGGUUGGGCAAGAGAAGCUUCAUGGCACAAAUCCGGAGGUCAAAAAGAGAAGAGCAAGUCGGGUUGCAGCUACGUUGAGCACGGCGAGUUGAAUCCAAGAACAGCCGUUCUCAACUUUUGGUGUUAAGCUGCUUGUUCUCGGCCGUGGCCCCUUUCCUCCGAUUUCUUCUUUUUCUUUUCUUAUCUUUCUAUAUUCCCCAUCCAUUGUUUAUUUCCUAAAUUUCGAAACUCUCGCCACAUUCCCAUCCCCAAUUGAAAAUAUGGCUACCAGCUCUAGUAGCUCAGAAGACCGGACCGUUGUUGUCUCGGCGCCUGGAAAGGUGCUUCUGGCCGGCGGCUACAUUGUCCUGGACCGGAAACACACCGGCCUCGUCUUUGGCCUGAGUGCCCGCAUCCACGUCCUCGCCCAGGAGAUACACACCAGCGCCGGCGUCCAUCUCAGAGAGAUUGUUGUGCAGAGUCCACAAUUUCUCAAUGCUACGUGGAAAUAUGGCUAUCACCUCGUCGAAAACGGCGGUGGUAUCAAGGUUACUCAGCUGCAGUCGGGCAUUCCGGUCGAGCCAAACCACUUUGUAGAGACUACACUCAGCUACGUCCUCAGCUACAUUUCCCAAGUGGACAAGACCCGCGCCUCACAGGGCUUCGAGCCCGCCUCCCUCCUCGUCCUCGCCGACAAUGACUACUACUCCAAGCCCAAGCAGCCCACCACCACCACCGCCACCAACACCAACACCACCGACCGACCCUCCUCCAGCUCCUCGGCGGACGACCCCAUCCCCCCUAGCACAUCUGAGAAACAGGGCGACACCUCCCUCGCCGCAACCACCUCCACAACCACCACCACCACCAAAACCGCCCCGCCGCCGCGCCCCCGCUUCCGACAUUUCGGCACGACCCUGCGCGACGCGCACAAGACGGGCCUCGGCUCGUCCGCAGCGAUCGUGACAUCGCUAACCGCCUCCCUGCUCGCGCAUUACCUGCCCCCCGCCCUCUUCGACCUAGCCACGCCCGCCGGCCGCCGCGCGCUGCACAACCUGGCGCAGGUGGCGCACUGCGCCGCGCAGGGCAAGGUCGGCAGCGGCUUCGACGUCGCCAGCGCCGUCUACGGCUCCAGCGUCUACCGCCGCUUCAGCCCGGCCCUGUUGGCCGCGCUGCCGGCGCCCGGGGAGGCCGGUUUCGCGGCGGCGUUGGUGGGGUUGGUCGAUGGGGACGGGUGGGAUUGUGAGGUUAGGAAGGAGGGGGUCGGCCUGCCGGCGGGCGUGGCCAUUCGGAUGUGUGAUGUCGAUUGUGGGACGCAGACUGUCAGUAUGGUGAAGAAGGUGCACGCGUGGCGGGAUGCGAAUCCCGAGGCUGCCGCGGCGGUGUAUGAGCGGUUGCAGGGCAAGGUGGAUGAGUUGGCCGAGGUGAUGGCCGCGGGUAGGGUUGGGGAGAUCGGGCGGGUGAUGAAGCCGUUUAGGGAGCUGAUGCGGACGAUGGGGAGGGACUGCGGUGCUGCGAUCGAGCCGGACAGCCAGGAGGAGUUGCUGGAUGCGUUGGAGGGGGUGGAGGGGGUGUUGGGGAGUGUGGUGCCUGGGGCGGGCGGGUACGAUGCGGCGGCGGUGGUCAUGCGGGAUGAUGAGGCGACGGAGAAGAGGGUGAAGGGGUUCUUGCGGGAGUGGAGCAGGGCUCACGAGAUCCAGGUCCGGCUGAUGAAGGUUAAAGGAGAGACAGAGGGUGCCAGGAUGGAAGACCCAAGCGAGUUCAAGCUGUGGAUUCAGUAGCUCAUGGUGGGUGUGGUGGAGGGUGAUAGAAAAGGAGCUUCAAGUUCUCUAUAUAUACAGACUAUAGGAGCAUUAUCAUACCCGACAGACAACUAGGUAAGCGGAAAAGGUUUUGGAAUAGACCCAAUACAUUCCAGCCAACG